CGCCGCGCCCCCCCCGCUGCUCGUCGCCGAGGCCGGCUCGUUCCCCGUGCUGCGCGCGGUGCCCCGCCGCCCGGACCGCAGCGAGCCCACCUCGCCGCUCAAGCCGAUGCGGACCAUCGACGCCGGACAGAUUUCAGUUCCGCUCCGGCACAUCACGAAGCACGACAUCAAAAUGAUCCCGAACGAGGUGAUGCACGAGCUGCCGGCCAUCAACAGCGAGGCGGACCCCCCGGGCGCCCCCGCGACUCCGCGACCCGUCGACGAUCACCACUCCUCACGGCCUCUCGCACUGUCGCCCACUAGUGCCGUGCGAGGCAUGUUCCCCUCGUCCAAAUCCAGGAGUCUGAAAAAGAAGAGCUCCAUACUGGCCAAGCGCCGGCAGGUGGCGGCGCGGUGGGUGGGCGCGCGCGGCGCGGGCGGCGCGGUGUGGCAGCGCGUGCGGGCGGGGGGCGCGGCGCCGCGCUGGGUGGCGCGCACGCUGCUGCUGGCGCACAACCUGCUGUACGCCUACCGCUCGCCGGAGUGCUCGAAGGCGGACUGCAUGAUCUACCUGGAGGGGUUCACGGUGUGCGCGGCGGGCGAGGUGAAGUCCCGCGCGCACGCCUUCAAGGUGUACCACACCGGCACCGCCUUCUACUUCGCCUGCGAGUCGCGGGACGACAUGCUGGCCUGGAUCCAGCUCAUACACCGCGCCACGAUGCUGCCCUCCCUGGGCCACCAGCUGGACGUGUCCAAGCAGUUCUCGGAGACGGACUACUCUGAGACCGAGUCCGACAGCGAGAGCCCCGACAAACGGAGCGAGAAGGAGAAGGAAAAAGAUAAAGAAAAGGACAAAGAUAAGGAAAAAGAGAAAGACAAAGAUAAGUCCAAGUUCGGUUCCUUAAAGAAACUAACCCACAUGAUGCAGCGCAGCGAGUCGCAGGAGAUCGUCAGCCACUCCUCCACCAGCCUCGACAGGAAGUACCUGAGGUUCUUCCUCAGGAACAAGAGCAAGGACGAGACCAAACCAGCCAAGGUCAGUCGAACGCCGUCUCCGGGCCACGCUCGUGGGCCCCCCCUGUCCCAUUCCCGCCAGUUCUGUACUGCGCACUGUGACCUGUCGCAGAGCAAGCCGGCCCCCCCGGAGCAGGCGCGCGGCCCCCCGGAGCACGCGCGCGGCCCCCCGGAGCAGGCGCGUGGCCCCCCGGAGCAGGCGCGCGGCCCCCCGGAGCAGGCGCGCAGCCCCGCCCGCGCCCCCCCGGAGCCGCUCGCCAACAAGAUACCGAAGCCGAUCAACUACAUCCACGCUUCCAACCCGAACCUGCUCGACUUUGAGAAGAGCGACUUUGUGACGCGCCCCACGCUGCGGGUCCCGCGCCCCGAGCCCAAGCUGGACAAGGGCCCGGGCGCGGUGACGCUGGAGCAGUUCAUGCUGGAGAAGCAGGCGGAGGAGCGGCGCCAGCUGUACUCCGAGCGCGUGCUGCUGGGCGUGCGCCGCGACCUGCAGACCAGGCUCGACAGCAUCGUUCCAGAUGUAAUCUACGGGGAAGUGCGAACGGGAAGCAACUCUGCAGUGCAGGGGCGCGCUCUGCCCUCCGCGCCCUCCGCGCCCACCACCGCACCCUCCGCCCACAGCAGCACCACCCCCAAGCCUGUCUCCGUCAGAGGGAGGGACGGAUACGAGAGGCUGGUGUACCGCGCGGAGGAGAAGCCGGCCUGGGGAAGGAAUCACAAGGUGCACAGCGCGCUGCCCGCCGCGCCGCAGUCGCCGCGCGCUCGCACCACCGACAGCUGGGCCGGCGCCGAGGGCGGCGUGUCGCGGCUCCGACUCGUCUUCGGCGCGCACCAGAGCGGACCCCGGGCGGAGUACCCGCACCUGGUGUGUCCCCCCACGUUCCGCGCGGAGACCUACUCGCUGCAGCACGCGCCCGCGCCCGACACAUAGACCCGCGCCCCCCGACCCCCCCGACCCCUCGACC